CUAUAUAAAGAUAACUUUCUAUACUAUAUUUAAGUUCAUCUUUUUUUACAUAGAUUUUUCACUUAAAUACAAUUUAAAUUUUGCAAAAAAAUUUCAGUAUGUCUGAUUUUUCCCAAACUUUGUCAGGGUUUAAGCCGAACGAGGAACAUCUGGGUGAUUCCUGGGUGGACCUUGCAUCGUCUAAUGUGGACACAGGUACAGUGAAAUAUCUUCAGUAUUCAUACAACAGUGAGAUGGAGAAGUUACUUAGGGAGGCACAACGAGAAGGUUCCACUCCGUCUGUAUCACACCCGUCAUCUGUUAACCAUUCAAAUUUAAACAGCCCACCCCACCCCCAAAGUUUGGCAGGCAGUACCAGCCAUUCUCCCUGUUUAAGUGGCACCAAUUCACCAAAGUUCCAAGGUCAAACACAGCUGGAUGACGUAUCAUCUGCCCGACAAUUACCAAGCCCUACUAAUGUUGACUGGGUGUGGGAUUGGUCAAGUAAGCCUACCAAUUCACCUCCUAUGAACUGGCAGUUCAAACACCCAAAGAGAAAAGGAACCCCACUAAGCAUGCGAAACUCAGCUGCCAUGAAACAUGACAUUUUCUCAUGGGAGUUCAUGCAAGUCUUUAUUCCAUCCAUCAUAUUAACAAACAUCAUGGCUUUUGGGAUUGGCGUUUACAUUGGCAAACGACUAGCAACAGCAACUGCACGAAAUACAUGAGUCAUCUUCACACCUAUUGGUGUGUUCCUGUUAUGCUAAAACAGCACUUCAGCAGGGCAACUGUGUAUAUAACUGUACGUGUACAUCUAUAAGUGCAUGAAUUUGAUGGUACUGUGUUAUUAAUUCAUGCAAUGUUUCUCAAAUCAUGUUUGGCGUCCCAAAUAACUCAACGCUCACAAAAUAUAUCACUAUAUCCUCAUUAUUUCCAAUAAUGCAGUUCACAGUUACAAUUAUUUCGUAAUACAGUGCCUCUGUUAUGUUUUAGUAUGCUGUAUAUUGCUGCCUGAAAAUCUCUAAACUUGGUCUUUCAUUUUCAAACUUUUUUUUUAUUAAAUGUUUUACCGAAAUCAAAUAACUCUUUCAGUUUAUAAAUGGAUUUUUUGUUUAAUCAAGUCUUUAUAAACAGGUUUGUACUUUAGUGCUAUUAUUAAUAUAUUUAAGAGGUUAAAAAGAAAUUGUUAAUUAAUUGUAUUUUUCACUGUUAUGGUUGUACAUAGGCUGUUGUUUUAAAUUUUUCCAGUUAUUUUACUUUUAUUAGUGAGAAGUAUUUGUUCAAGAUUAUUUUAUUUUUCUCUGACUUAUCCACUGACAGAAUGAUAAUUGAAAUGGUUUUAUUUUAUAAAAUACCUACUUUUUGGAAACGUACAUAUGUUGGAAAUCGCCUGAAAUAUUCGUUCAUUUGUAUAUACCACCAUUGUGCAAUUAUAUUGUUUAGCAUGGUACCAACAUGUUCAAUUGAAUCAGUUAG